CCUCAUCCUCCCAAGUCUACCUCCCAAGUCUACCACGAAGCCUUAAACUAAAAACCAGAGCUAUCAAACGGCCAGCCAACAAGGCCAAUAGAAAGCCUACUACCGGCCUCGGGCUCCUUAACCUGUGCCUAAGCUCAUCCACAUCCUAGUAUCGUCCACACAAACUUGCCGUUCAGGAAGCGCGCUUUGGGACUGGCAAGCCAAACGUUAAACCCGCCCGGCAGGGAAACUAAGGUCUAGAUAUGUGGCUUGAAAACCACUCCAUAGAAGAUUUUAUGAUCCGCUUCAUACCAAGAAUGGAACAUGAGGUCUUAGAACGGGUGGAAGCGAGGACGAACUCGGAAGGAAGCCAGAGCAACCUACUCCUUUCUGUCCGGAUGCGUGACUCCUGGGGGACCGGAAGGUUCUGGUUCGACUAUGGAAUCAGGAAGAGUUUCGACAUCGAUACGGUCUAUUAGGCUGCACUUCACAAGGAUGGGGAUUAUGUGCUUAAUAACAAGAUGAGAGAAGAGAUAGAGAAGUUAGCGGAUCUGAAGAUGGAGCAGUUGAAAGCUUAUGAUGCAGAGUGUAAGGUCCGAUUUUCUUUCAUGAGAUUAGGUUUUCGCAGGCGAUACUUGUUCAUAUGGUUGCUGAACGAGAGAUGUAGCGGAGAUAUCUUUCUAUGCUCACUAAUCCUAGCGUCUGAGGCUAUAAACUGGAUUAGUAAACGUGUCGGAAAGACCGCAGAAAACGGCAUCAGAAACCUCCGUUUUUGGAGGCCAUUCCUGUCGCAUUUAUGCGGGGAUGAUGAUUAAGCACGAUUGCUGCUUAAGCUCAGUUACUGUAGAGUCAUAACGCAAAUUGGUAUUAACGA